AUGGUGAUAUUCUUGGGUACACUAGAUGCAGCAAGACGUGCCUCGGCAUUUGUUCGGGGUGAUGACGUCGUUCACAAGUUAUUCACAGAGAUUGCAUAUCGCUACAAGGCGUCGACUGAUUUACGGUGUUGGCAAUGCCCCCUCCAGAUCUACAUCUUCUUCCCGACCGAGCCCAAGCCCGGCGUGAAGACGGUCAAGAGCUACACCAAGAAGAUGAAGCAGGAGAACGUGUACAAUGGUGUACUCGUCGUGCAGCAGGCGCUGACCGCCUUUUCCCGCAACUUGCUGCUCGGGUUAUCGCAGGAGAAAUUGCAGCUCGAGGUCUUCCAGGAAGGGGAGCUUCUUAUAAACAUUAAGAAUCACGAUCUGGUUCCUGUGCACGUGCUCCUCACAAAGGAGCUGAAGAAGACGCUGUUGGAGAAAUACACUUUGAAAGAAACUCAGGUCAUACAAAUUUGCGAACCCUUUGUCCACUGUAACCGACCUGAUAUUCUAAUCGAUGCAAGCAUGUCAUAA